CCAAUAGACGGGGAGGGAAGAAGCCUGAAUCUUAAGCCUCCACUGAGCCUGCAGCUUGCUGGGGGACUGUGGGGAGAAAGGCCCAGAUUUUUUUUUUUUACCCCAGUUUCCUCAUCUGCAAAAGUUAUAGUGUGUUGGCCUCUUCUAGUCCCAGUUCCCCCCUAAAUGUAUAAAAACAGAACAUUUUCGCUGCAGUUAUAAUCACCAACACUGACUUGUUGUCGCUACUUUGUAAUCUUAAUCAUCUGGAGCCUGACAGCCACCCAACUUUCCAAAAUGCCAUCUUCAGGGGAACUGAGGUCAAAAGAAAGCAGUCUGCCUUCGUUCUUGGACUAGUUCAACAUGACCUUUCCAUAGUAUCACGCCCUUCCAGUCAUCUCCGCAGAUGGGAGGUUCCAGAGUUCCAGCCUCAGGACUCAGACUCGCCUGAAGGCAAGUGUCCUCAGGCUUUCAUUGGUUACCGCCAGCCGAGCCCCUCGUAAUCCUGGUAACAGCACCGCCCACGAAUCGCGGGCCUACGAUUGGUCCGCCCCCCAAAGACCUAACGCGAUCUCCUCAGGCCAUUGGCUCGAGUCACGGGAAGCUGGCGCCGCGGUUGGUGAGCUUAGAGGUCACUCAGAGUCAGAUACUGGCUCAAAUAGGGAGAAAUGGCGACAGAGCCAGGCUGUGGGUGAGCUAUUUUGGAAGGGGUGGAGAUGUGACGACUACGAUCAGCCCUGACACAGCUCCCAAAGGGGCCCAUCUUUGGAGCAAGAGCUUGGAACUACAGUCCAGCCUCAAGCCUCAACUUAGUUGGGGCUUGAGAGACUGAGAGGCUCCUGGACAGCAGCAUUGCAGAGAAAUAGUUUGACCUUGGCAUCUAGACAUCUCCCGUCUCCCCCAUGGCCCUGACAAUGCUGAAUGAGCUCCUGAUUGAGGACCCAAGCCCACCUGUGCUGCUCUACCAGGUUAGUAAGACUGCCAAGUUAGAUACCCUCAACUAUCAGAGCUGCUUUAUGCAGAGCGUCUUUGCCCAUUUCCCUGAGAUCUUAUUUAUUCACCGGACCUAUAAUCCAAGGGGCAAGGUGUUAUAUACCUUCCUGGUAGAUGGCCCACGGGUACAGCUGGAGGGUCAUCUUGCCCGGGCAGUCUACUUCGCCAUUCCUGCCAAGGAGGAUGCUGAAGGCCUAGCCCAGAUGUUCCAGGUGUUCAAGAAGUUUAACCCAGCCUGGGAGAGAGUCUGUACCAUCCUAGUGGAUCCCUACUUCCUCCCUCUGCCCACCCUAGCUAUGGAGUUCCCCACAGCUGAGGUCCUGCCCUCAGCCUUCCACAUCUGUAAGUUCCUCCAGGGCAAGUUCUAUCAGCUUUCCCUCGAACAGCCUGUGGAGCGGGUGCUCCUGACGUCUCUGCAGAGCACAAUGUGCUCGGCCACAGCUGGUAACCUGCGGAAAUUGUACACACUCCUGAGCAAUUGCAUCCCCCCAGACCAGCUGCCCAAGCUCCACUCAUACUGGCUGCUCAAUGACCGCAUCUGGCUGGCCCACCGCUGGAGGAGCCGAGCCGAGAGCAGCCGCUACUUCCAGGGCCUGGAGGUCACCACCCGAGUCCUCAGUCAGUUCUUUGGCACCACCCCAUCUGUGGAACAAGGCAUGACCUCCCUGCUCCGAUACAUGCAACAGAACUCUGGAGACAAGGCAAGCUUCAGCCUGGGCCUGAGUCCCCAGAGCAGCUGUGCCCCUUCAGACGUCAGCCCCCAAAGCCCCAAAGUGGAGCAGUUGGUAGAAGCCUGCAUCCAACACUCCCUCAAUACCAUCUGCACAGGGCCAGCAGCCCAGCUUUGCCUGGGUGAGCUUGCCGUGGUCCAGAAAUCCGUGCACCUCAUUGGCUCUGGCUCGGAAAAGGUGAACAUCCAGAUCCUAGAGGACACCCAUAGGGUGCAGCCCCAGCCCCCUGCCAGCUGCAGCUGCUACUUUAACCAGGCCUUCCACCUGCCAUGCCGCCACAUCCUAGCCAUGCUCAGUGCCCGCCGCCAGGUGCUACAGCCCGACAUGUUGCCGCCUCAGUGGACAGAAGGUUGUGCUGCCAGUCUGGACGACAUCCUGGGCAGCAAAUGGAGCGAGACUCUGGAUAAACACUUGGCCGUGACUCUCCUCACUCAGGAGGUAGGUCAGCUCUUGCAGCACUGCAGCCAGGAGGAGUUUGAACGGCGGUAUAGCACCCUGCGGGAACUGGCUGACAACUGGAUCGGCCCCUACGAGCAGGUCCAACUGUGAUUACCCUCAGUGCCCAGAGAUGCUCAUGCACAUAUACACACUCACAUCCACCCCUGCACACACACUCACACUGUUGUAUUUCUGUGAGCCCUCCUUCCAGGAAAGAAGGACAGGAGUCUUCUAUUCUACUGCAGCCUGCUACCUACAAUGCAUCUAGUUCCCUAAGACAGAAGUCAGCAAACCUUCUCUGUAAAAAGGGCCCGACAGUAAAUAUUUUAGACUUUGCUGACCAUAUACAACCUGUUGUAUAUUCUUGGUUUUUUUUUUACUACCUUUUCAAGGUAAAAACCAUUCUUAGUUCAAGGGCCUUACAAAAACAGGUGACCCCUGUUUCAAGAUAAGAGAUAUAAAAUCAAGGUCUGGGAUAACAGCUUCCCCAGUCAUGAGAUGACUCACCUGACCCCCAGAGGAAGAGGCCCCCUCGGGAGGUGGUUGAGCCAGGUUCCCAGCCUUCUUACCCUACCCCCACCCCUCUCCCCAUCCUGAGGUCAUUAAAGUUGACUGUUGUCUACUCCAGCACUUGUCUAGUUUUUUGUCUUGUGGAAGGCACUUAGGAAAUAUCCUGGAAAGAAUAGAGACUUUAGGGCAGUGGUUCUCAACCUGUGGGUCGCGACCCCUUUGGGGGUCGAACGACCC